GUGUCUGUACUCGACUUCCUCUGCGAUAUUCGUUUCCACAAAAGCUAUGUGCUUCCACCAAAUCUCGACACGGGCAGGCACGCGCCAUACCGAGUAUCAUAUGCAGAUUAUGGUGAUCCUGAUAGCAAUGCGGUAGUCCUGUUUUGCGGCGCGCUAAUGGGCACUCGGUUCUGUUACUCUCUCCUUGAUCAGAUGGCCAAGGAGUACAAGGUCAGGAUCAUUCACCCGGACAGACCUGGAAUCGGAGGCAGCCAAUCUGUGGAUUUGGACAAGCGCAUACAGACCUGGCUCGAAAUGGUUCCACUACUGCUCGCUCAUCUGAACAUCACCCACGUCUCUCUUGCGAGUCACAGCGGCGGCGACGUCUACCUGCUUAACACACUGCUCACCUAUCCGUAUCUUCUACAUCCAGGAACUCCUUAUGUGUGCUUCUUCGCCCCGUGGGUCCAUCACUCAAACUCUAAAAUAUCUCAGCUCCGGGCAGCUGAACUGCUUCCUGCGCCUCUCUUGGGUAAAUUUGUGUCAGUAGUUAGGUUUGUAAACGACAAUGCCACGCCUCUUGCUGGACUGGGGGGUAAUUUCAUGCAAGGAAUUCGAUAUUCGAUGCAUCGCUGCAACUCGAAUCCAGGGCCAGAACCAGCUCUGGCCCCAAUUCCGUUGACACCAGCGUGUCUGGCCAUGCGAACACGGGGCACGUCGCUUCUCUCUCACGAUAGUCCAGCCGAAUUGUCGUUGGAUGACGACGCUGUUGUGGAGGAGCUCCGGAGUCACAUUGCAUCAUUUCUAUUUGCCGAGUGCAUGGAUGGUAUUUCAGCAGAUGUGCAACUGUUCUUGCGAAAGCCUCACUCCAUCGCAUGGUGCUCAAGUGUCUACUGGUCAGACUUCGACUACGCCGUACCGCUGAUCUCGAAGAUGAUCUCCGAAGAAGAUGAUAUUGAUGGGCUCGGUAGGGCAUGGACUAUUGACACGUUUCAUGCGCAGACAGAUGCUAUGGUUGGUGAGAAGGGUAAGGUAUGGUUCGACAGCUGCUGGAUGACACACCAGUCGACACUGGCGCCUAUUGAAAAAGUAGAUCAAUGCUCGAGCUAUCUACCGCUCCGAAAUGCUUAUCAAUACAGAAGCCAAGUUGUUGAGGGAGCUGAGCAUAACUACCUUAUGGAUCCUGCGUUUGGUGCAAGCGGGAUCUGGUUGCAGCGAGUGCGGGAUGCAUUCCCUGACCCAGUUGAGGUACGCUCACCUGUGGUCAACCACCAGAUGACGCUGACCAGAUGCUGA